AUGCUUAACACAAUCCACCAAGGACACCAGGGCAUGGACAAGUGUCAGCUCCGCGGGCGACACUCCGUGUACUGGCCUGGUAUGUCCAAUGCUGUCACACAGAUGGUCUCUCAGUGUGGUAGAUGUCAAGACCACCAGAAUAGACAGCAGAAAGAAACACUCCAACCGUACGAAGUCGCCAAGUAUCCGUGGCAGAGACUGGGUUCUGAUUUCUUUGUGUUUAACCAGCACACCUAUCUCAUUGUCGCUGACUACUAUUCAAAGUUCCCAGUAGUCAGAAGAGUUGGCAAAAGUGCCACAUCAGGACAGUGUAUUGCAUACUUCAAGUCGAUAAUCAGCGAGUAUGGUAUCCCCGAGGAAAUUGUAUCAGACAAUGGACCCCAGUACGACUCCCAGGAAUUCCGCAAAUUCUGCGCCACGAACAAUAUCAAAUGGACUCCCAGUAGCCCAACCUACCCUCAGAGUAAUGGGUAUGCUGAACGUUGCGUACAAACAGUAAAAAACUUGUUGAAAAAAGCUCUGGAGAGCGGUGAAGAUGCUAAUCUCGCACUACUCAACUACCGCUCCACUCCGAUCUCUAGUAACUUACCAUCACCCGCUAGACUUCUAAUGAACAGAGACUUGCGCACUCUACUUCCCACAACUCCGAGACUUCUCAAAAGUCAAGCUAUAGACAAUGACUUGAUCAAGGACAAUCUCCAGGACAGGCAAAACAAACAAAAAUUCUACUAUGAUCGCAAGGCACAAACUGAGUUGCCACCACUUGAAAAAGGACAAAAUGUUCGCCUGUUCAAUCAGAAGUCCAAACUAUGUGAACCCGCAACUGUCAUAGAUAAUACUCCAUUUCCUAGAUCUUACAUUGUGAAAACUGAGAAGGGCAGUUACCGCAGAAAUCGCCGAGAUAUUCGUACCACUGCAUGUACCAGCGAUAAUCGUAGGCCUAGUGAUGACGACCUUGACCUUGAAACCAGUUGUGAAAACACUAGCAGUGUUAUCGUGCCUGUAGUACCAGUUGUACCCAAUGUCAGAAGAACAUGCCGCAGUGUGAAGGCACCUCAGCGCCUCAUUGAAGAAAUCUAA